AUGGCAUUUCCAAAAAUUUCAAAAAAACUUUUUCACAAUAAUCGUGUCUAUAUUUGGAUUAUUUUUAGUAAUUUAUAUGGACUUUAUUGGCUUUUAUUUCGACAUACUGGUAUUUUUAAUGGAGUAACAUUUGAAUUUUCCUUUGAACCUUUAAUUGGAUAUAGAGAUUUUAGAAUGGAAUUAGUAAUUUAA